UCCGGAAUAUGCACAGGACACGCUAUUAGAUAAGCCAUACCCAUAACUAAUAUUUCACUUUUUUGUUUUAGGUUUUAUUAGCAGUGAUAAGGAGACACACUUUACAAAACCAUUUUCUCUUUGUUCGUUAGGCUUGUGUCUUGGGCAGUUUCUCUUGAACCUUCUGUUCAGCCAUUGUUUACUUAAGACAGGAUUAGACUAUAUUCAGAUUUUUCGGUCCCAUGUCAGAAAAUCUGCUUUUACUCUGAUUUGUAUUAGCCAUACAUCAAGGUAGGUUUACUGUUGAAUUCAGGAAUCCAAUGAAAAUACACAUAAUAAUUUCAUAAAAACUUAAGAAAGACCUGCCUGGGGGAAUUUCUAUAGUAGCGUGAUUUAACAGAAUUGCUUUCUGAAAAAUAUACAAUAAACACUUGAAUCCAAUUACAACUUUUCUGCAUCAAAGCCUGUCACAUUGUCUCAAACAAAAAAAAAAAUACUGUCCAUGUUACUGAUUAACCGUGAAAAAAAAGCAGAAAGAGUUUAUCACGUCUUGCAGCUGAUUCUUUGUCAUGAACUUCCCAUUAGGUGCAACUGCAAAAUCAUUUAUCUGUGAUUGAAAUGACAUCAUAAACAGAACCACGAGCAAUAAUCAUGGAGUACUCACGAGGUAGUACUGUUAGUUAUACCUGCAAAGUCUUCAAAUAUGUGAAAGACCAAUGAGACUGCGGCUACGCCUAUGUCAGCGAUUUUGUGCAGUAUGAGGCUAUUUCCACUUCGGUGUUAGCUUAAUUACUCAGACCUAUGGAAUGGAGAAGCUCGUAGUGUGAAGGGUUAAAGAGGAGGUGUGUAGAGUUCACAGUACAGUCAGAUGAUUCAGGUUGUGUGAGACGUUUUGAUUGGCUCUCCAACACAGUAAGCACACAUUGAAAUGGAAGAAGGCAAGCUGGAUGUUCACGGAGACAGGCUAUUGUUGCUCAACUACAUGUGUGAGGCAGCCAUAUUUCAUCACCAAAGACACCCUCUCAGGAAAAGCUUUUCCCCAGCCGGCAAUGACAAAAGGCUUGGGGACCCACCUUUUGACAACUAUGGGAGUGAAUGAAAAAACACAAUUUGAGAUAAGUCUGACUGUAAGGGUCAGACGUGUAGUGUCGUUAUCACUGUGCAUGCUGCCCUCCCUCCAAUCAAUAAAGUGUCUUAGUGCUCCGUCAUGCAUCCCACAUCGAUCCCCUACAUCUUAAUCACCCUUGACUCUGUGUGCGUAGGCAUACUUACUUAUAUAAACAGCACCGCACGAUAAGGGCUAACAUCAGAUUUGUAAUCUGCUGUCUCAAAUAUGAAUCAGUUGAUUAAUAGGACCAGCUGGCAUUUUGCAGGCGCCACUGAUGUCCAGGGACUAUCUGAGUUGGGUUUAGUCAUGUUUGACCCCCUGCCUAGAAACAUGAACACAAGCAUUACAAAUAGGCCAUCAACCCACUGCUAUCAGACCCAUAACUGAAUGCCGGUUUAGAAAUGAGCUAGUAAUGUACAAGUGUGCUUUCAAUGGAUGACAAAUCUACUGAUAUAUCAGAGCGGACUAGUCUGAACCCACCACUCCCUGACAGAAGAGAAAUAGAGACCGAUCGGUUCUUGCUAACUAGUCUUAGCCAUUAGGAAUAAUUGAUCUUUUCUUCAUUGUGAACUCUCCACUUGCAGCGUAUACUUCCUCUUUGGCGCGGUGACAAAUACAGGUGAAUUUCAACUGAUAGUGAAGGUUCUCAUUUUGUGACAUUUUUUCAGCAUUGAAUGGUGCGAACAUUGAUGGUCCUCAAAUGAUUGAUUUAACGGGCAAAACCACAGGAAAUCCAUUUCACAAUCUAAGCACAAGCACAUGGAGAGUUCUGUAAGCUGAAUGUGUUCAAAUACUGUAACCAAAUCAAAGUAUGGAAAGUCUUAUGUUCCAGUCUUCAUCUUAUGUCCGAUAGCUGCUGACUCCGAGUAUCUCUAUUAACCCGUAUGCCUGCAGGAGGGAAGACCAGGACAAAGGAUAAAUACAGAGUGGUAUACACAGAUCACCAACGUCUGGAGCUUGAAAAAGAGUUCCACUACAGUCGUUACAUCACCAUCAGGAGGAAGGCUGAGCUCGCCACCUCUCUCAGCCUCUCGGAGCGGCAGGUGAAGAUCUGGUUCCAGAAUCGACGCGCCAAAGAGAGAAAAGUGAACAAAAAGAAGAUGCAGCAAUCCCAGCAGGCCUCCACGACAACCCCCACCCCCCCCUCCAUAGGCACUCCCAGCAUGGUGACCAGCAGCAGCGGCCUGGUGUCGCCGUCAAUCCCAAUGACUAUUAAGGAGGAGUACUGACAAAGCAGAGGAACGGGCAGGACAGCUUCUGACAGCAACAAACUCCGGGCUUCAGUCAGAGGGAGCAGCUUCAGGCUCAACAUAACAGACAAAGGAAAAUCUGAGCAUCGAAUCUCUGUCCAGAUCACUGCCUUUUUCUGGACAAAAAAAACAAAACAGAUUAAAAAGAGAUAUUUUAUAUAUUAAGUAUUUUCCGUAUCUAUUAAAAUUUCAACUAAUAUGGAGUGCUGUUCAGUUGUUAUUGUUGCUACUUAGCUGAAGCAUUUGUGUCAAAUGUGUAAUCUUUAACAACCAGCACAGUGGGAAUAUUUUUU